AAGCAGUUCGCUAACUCUCCUCUCAGAUGUAUCGCUAACAGUGAAAGUGCGUGGUACGCGCUCCUCGUUCGCGUAAUACUACAAGUGAAUCGUCGUUCCUGAGUAGUGAUCAAUAUCGAGUUAUUUCCUUUUGCGUGUUCCAGACUUAUCAAAAAAAAAAGACAGAACAAGACAGAGGGAAAAAAAACGAAGAGAUGCAGCUAAUAGUUCUUUUGUUUGUUUUAAUUUGGCGCUCUUCAGUUGCUAUUGAAUUCGAGGAUCACUUUAGAAAUUGUCACCCCAACGUAUCAGGUUUUGACGUUUGUGUGCGAGAAGGAUUAAAUGCGAUUCGACCUUAUUUCAAAACCGGUUUGCCGAAAUACAAUGUGCUCCCGUUUGAUCCCUUUUUUGCUAAAGAGAUAACGGCUAAAAGAGGAAUACCAAACUUUGGGUUUACUUUAACUCUACGGAAUGUCACCGAAACCGGAUGGUCCUUGAGUAAAGUGACAAAAUUUGUUUCCGAUCUUGCAAAUUACAAGGUUACGUACACACAAAGUUUCCCAGAGAAAUUUCUGACGGGAAAUUACGAAUUUAAAGGCACAUGCUUCAGCUCCAGUAUAAGCAAUAGAGGAAAAUUCACUCUCGCUUUAUAUGACCUUAUACAAACAACCGUCAUUACCAAAGUGCCAGGACAGAAAUUGCGGGCAAAUAUGGACGUUCAAGUUAUUAGUGAUUUAAAGCUUCACAUUACAAAUCUUCUAUUUGGUAAACAAUUCCUCGAAAAUAUUCUCGAUAAAAUCAUCAAUAAUACAUGGCAAUCAAGUUUCGUUCUAACGAAAGGUCUAAUCAAUGAACUCGUUUCGACCGCUUUCACAGAUAUCUUCGACUAUGACUUUCGUAAUUUUCCUUUCGAACAGAUUUUUAAAUCAAGACCAACCAUAAAUUAAAUUGAUUAUAACUUUAAG